UUACAUGUACAGGUGUAGGCCUACGUGUUAUCGCACACGUGUGGAUGUACAUGUGCACGUUCCGCAUGAACGCGUUGUGAAUGUUGUGAAAUGGUGGUUGAGUCACUAGGAAAUACAACCGUAAUAAACUCGUACUUCCGCGAUAUCUGUCGUGGACGUUGCAGAAGUUAAUCAAACGUUUCUGCAAUUUGCGAAUUUACAGUAUCAUCAUAUCUUCUCCUACCUCCAUGAUCAUAUUCAUAGGCCCGAGUUAUUAGGCCAAAUAACUUGGACUCUACAAUACAAAGCGCUUUUUUUUUAAACAUUUGGACAUGGGCGGCUAUCGCUUGACCAUGUCCAAAUGUUAAAAAAUCGCCCGGCGAUUUGUAGAGUCCAAGUUACUAGCCCCUCUAUGCAUGCACGCAUGGGCUUAAGCCCCACCUUAAAUCGAUACAUGAGCGUGCAAUUUGAAAACGGGAAAUAGGCUUAAUAUUGUAACUUGUGGUCAGGUGGUUGUAGCAGCAGUCUGUGGAACCCUCUUUCUUGUGCUUGGCUGUUUUUGUGAGCACCAUGGGUAAGGCACUCUCAUCGUUUCCACAGAGGAGAAACUGGAUAAGCGGAGGAAUGGACGACAAAAACAAGUUGACCCUCGACCCCAGCAACACCUUGCAGAAUCAGGUAUUGGGCACUAUCUACGGCAACUGCAUUGGUGACGCCAUUGGACUGAUGACAGAGUUUCUCAGCAAAGACCAGGCGAGGAAGUAUUAUGGUGGCAAGCACCUGGAGUAUCCAAUGAAAGAAAUUGCGGCUGCUAAAUUCUUUCAUCAGAUGGUCUUCCCAGAAGCCGAUUGGACGGAUGACAGUGAUCAGAUGAUCUUGAUCCUCCAAUCACUGAUGGACAACAAUGGAAAGGCCAAUGCUGUGGAUUUCUCCAAGAAAUUGCUGGAGUGGGUGAAGCAUGGCUUUGCCGAGCUGGGAGAUCCUUGCGGCAUGGGGUUGGGCCAAACCACCUCCAAGGUGGUGCAUCACGAGAACUUCACAACCGACCCUCAUGAGGCAGCAUUAAGUGUUUGGGAGAAAAGUAACCGUACUGUAGCACCAAAUGGCGGAGUCAUGAGAACCUCGAUUGUAGGAGUCCACCAAUAUGAUGACAUCAGUCAAGUCAUCGGCAACACCAAGGUCUUCUGUAAGGUGACCCAUGCAGAUCCUAGGUGUGUAGCAUCCUGCGUUGCCGUGACGACAGCUAUUUCUAUGAUGCUGCAAGGAUUACAUAAGACAUCAAAAGGCCACUAUGAUGUCGCAAGAAUCACCGAAGCAUCUUUUAAUUAUGCUAAGGAGUGUCUGCUGCGAGAUGACAAGGGGAACUUGGAUGAAGAGCAGGUCAGAGAGUUGCAGUUUCACAUGAACGCGUCCUUGUCCGAGCUGGAGCUGGAUGACCGGAAGAAGAUUGGCUACACCUUCAAGUGUCUUGGCGCUGGGUUCUGGGCCCUGAGGCAGAGCAGUUUUAGAGAUGCCAUCGAGGCCAUUACAUUGGAGGGCGGAGACGCAGACACCAAUGGGGCGGUGGCAGGUGCUCUGCUGGGUUGCAAACUGGGAUACUGCAAGCUGCCUUCGUCCUGGAAGAACGAGUUGAAACACAAGGAAUGGCUGGAUGAUAUCCUUGCAAGAUAUUUUCAGUCUGGCAUCAUGACAGAGAGCUGCGGUACACCUGUUGAUGGACCUGAGGUUGGUAUCCGUCUCACCGGUGGAGAGCAGGAUGACGCGGAGCAGGCAACCGCUCCCAAGACAGGAGGAGAUUGCUCUUCAGCUACCGACACUACAAAAGAUAUGACCACAGAACUGUCGGCAGAGGUCAAAGUUCAGAGUGCAGACUUGUCUCCUGACCAACAAGCUUCUAUCAGUAAAUCUGAGGUCACGGCUGAAGGUCAGCAGGACCCUGAGGAUCCCCACAGGUCAAAGGAUCAACCAGAAGAGGCCUCAGAGGUCACAGCUGAAACUGAGGUCAGAGGUCAAUGCAACUCGCCAGCCAGUGAUCCUACAGAGGCUACACAGAUUGGUGAAUCUUCCGGUGACCUUUCCGAAACCAAACCGGAAGAUCUUGCUUGUCAGUGAGACGGAGCCAAAGCCGAGAAUCCAGUGACAACACUCAAGAUUAAGUAUCGAAUGUCACAAAGGAAAAUGCAAAGAAAACUUUCUCCCUGUAGAAUGCAUUUAAGGAAAUUUGGCUUGGCCUAUAAAUCAGGUGGCUGAGGCUUAGACUCAUUCAUCUAUGGGAAGUGACAGCAGGCACUAGGCAGUGACUAUAAUUCAGAUGGAGGGUAAUCCCAAACUCAGUAAGAGCAAAUGAAAAGGGAAUGACUGCCAAAACAACUUCUAUUUGUCUAUCAGUGCAAUUAAUUGUGACUAGAUCAUAUGAAUGAAAACAGAUUUCCAGUCACAUAUUGUGGUAUCGUAGCAUUAGAUUUAAUUGUGGGCAAUGCAUAUUCUUCUAUAACUACAUACAUAUACUUAGAGUCUAAUGGUUUUUAUACUGCGUAUCAAAUUGAUAGAAUCCUUGGAAUUGAUAGAGACAGUAAUUUUUUUAUUGAUGUUUGUUGAAAUUAUGUUCGGCAGUGGAUUUGUGUCAGUUCUGGUGCGUUCAGUGUCUGGGCCCAAUUUUUCAGUCAUUAAUCAAAGAAAAUGUGCUAUGCGAAAGCAUAGUACGAAGCUGAAGUAGGCAGAGAACCUCUGGUGGUGGAAGGAGAGGGGGAGGCAGUGCCCCUUGCACUUUUUUGACUGGGCGGGCAUGACCUCCCUGCACUUGUAGCAGGUUCUAUAAUGGGGCUUUACGGAUCGGUUUGUUAAUUAAUGGCUGAUGCUUGAUGGUCUAACAGCUGGCCUUGCCCUUUUUGGCCGCCAUUGAAGAGAACCAGCUGCAAGUAGUGCACAUCACAAGGCAUUUUGGCUGGUUAACCUCUCAUUCCAGAGUCCGUCAUUAUUUGGCAAAGCACACCUCAGUUGUACUUUGCUGCUGUGUUCCCCACGUCUUUUAUAUUUGCUGUUUUCCGUUCUAAUAAGCCCAGCCGUCAAGCUCACCCCAUGUUGUUCCGAACAGUGGCGUAACUACAUGGGGAUGGGGGAAUAUGUGCCCCCAGUUUCCCCGUUUUUUUGAACUUUUGGAAUGUACACAACCUUUGUACAAGUUGUAGUUCAUUGACUCUUGGUGUCCCCCGCCCACCCCCCAAAAAUGCGUGCACCCCUGGGUGCCCUCUAAAAAUAUCACCCUAGUUAUGCCGCGAUUCCAACCAGCCACAGCUUUGACUUAAGUCUGACUACGUGUGCAUGUAUUUAUCACAUGCAGCUAGAAUCCUCAUUGUGAGAUAGGAGAGUUACAUAAAACUGCCACUUUGCACCAUGAGCGAGGCACACUCGAUGUGGUGUAUUCAAGAGCAAACUAAUUGAAGUAUUUCCCAUUUUUGUAAGUAUUGGGACGAUUUUUGGUUUGCACACUUUGGCAGGGCAGUUAACAGAGUUGCCCUCAAAAACCACGUUUGAGCUCUAAGAAGUCACCAAAAUUACUAGUGUGAUUUAUUUUUAUCUUGCCAGAAACAGGUGUGUCCAUGUAUUUUUCCCCUUUCAAAAAACUUUAAAUUGUAAAAAAGACAAUUUUUUGCUUUCUGUGUAAGUAAAUUUGAUGGAAUGCAACUCAUAGCUUGACCAAUUUAUAUCUGAAUGUGUUAAACUGUGCUGAAAAGAACAAAAAAAAAUCUGUGGUUUUUUUUUGGUUACUGGACAAGAGCCAGUCAGUAGAAGAGUGCUUGUAGGUUUGGAAGAACUAGCAAAAGGAAAUAGCCACAUGCAUUUCUUAUUUAGCGCAGCAAGAAGCCUUUUGAAAUGAAUCCUCGAAAUAUUUUUUCCUCAUGCUGUACAAGAAAUACAGAGUUUUUUGUCAAGCUAAUUAUUUAAAAUAUUUUGAUACUGUAAUAAUGUCAUUUUGUAUUAAUUUUGAGAGAAGUAGCCUACUAUAUAGGUGGAUUAACCUCCAUGCCUAAAUUUCAGUUUCUCUUUGUGCACCUUUUUUAUGUAUGAGGUAGUGACUGAUGUCUUUCAAUCAGUCUGUAUCACUUGGUGUCUUUUGACUGUCUGGGGUCAAAGUUGCGGGGAGAAAGUUGAAAAGAAGUUGUAGAAAAUAAAUAUUGUUUAAAGCCAUAUAAAAAAUAUAGUUUUUCAUCCAUCCAUAUUUUAAUGGCAGAGACUUUUUAAUUGAAAGAAGCUUUAACUCUAUCAGGUUUUAAACUUACAUCAAUUACUAUAUAAACAUAAUUAGAAACAAGUAAAGAAAUUAAAAAUAACUAUGCCUUGCUCUCUUUAAACAGUGCACCAGAUGAAAACUACUUAGCGGCUGACAUCCAAUAACAGUUCAUUUUUGUGGUAAUAGAAAAAUAAUUUAAGAUUUUCAUUUACUUUUGGUGCUGUGUCUCUCGCCAGACGUAUAGGGUCUGUGAUAGGGGUCAAUCUGUAAAUUGGGGGUCUAUAAGUAUGACCUUCAAUCUGCAUCCCAAUUACACCUGACCUGGGUAAUUUGGCAUGGAAAUAUCAGUGAAAUUAUUUGUUUUGUUUGGCUGGUAAUUUAGAUUACCUUAUCAAUCAUGGAAAUGAAAUUAUGUGUUCUUAACUUACAAAACGUAUGUCAGGUGUGACAGAAAAACAAAGUAAUUGGACCCAUAUGUAUGCAGUAUGACCCAUAGGCAUAUCUUCACCAUGAAAGCCAAAUAUGUCGUCUGAAGUAACUUUGAGAUUGUCAAUUUAAAAAAAAAAUACUAGACCUUAAAUGAAAA